GAAAAUGUUGGACCCAAACAAUGGAGACAAGAAGUGUUGUUCUGUAGCAGAGGAAGUAAUAAUAAUGCUAAGAGAAUACCCAGCUCUUUCACUGCAGUCUUCCUCAGCAAAUCUCUGAGCUGUGUCAGUAGUUCUAUGCCCAUUUUAGAGAGGAAGAAACUGAGGCAUAGGGCAGUGGAGUGCUUGCCCAGUCACCCAGCAGGUCAGUGGCAGAGCUGGUGAUACAGCCCAGGCAUCUCCUGCAUCUUUGGCUCAGUCCCUGCAGACAGCUUGCCAGUGAGCCCCAUUGAGAAACUGGCCUCACAGAACUAAAAUGGGAGCUGGAAUAGUUUUUAAAACUAGUUCUGUGUCCUCUUGAAAGACAAGGCUCCGCUUUUUGGGGACCCAGAAUGAAAGCAGAAGCUCUCAGUGUGGGCCCAAAGAAUUUCUCUUCUGAUCAGCCAGUUCUUGGCUCCUGAGUUUUUGAUCUGCAAUCUGGGAAGGCUGACAGGACUCUUUGAAAGCAUCUGAAUGAGUUGAUCAGAAUUUAGGAAGGAAUGUAUUACAUUGCUUGUCAAACAGCUCCUUUCCCCCCCAACAAUUCUUCACAAAAUUUGUUAACAUGCUGUUUUUAACUUUUUAAGUUUUUCAAUUUAAACAAAUGAGAGAACCUGGUGGGCUUUCAGGCCACAUGAAAUGAGAAUAACGCUGCCACCACACCCAGCACUCAGACCAGCAGCUGGACUUAAUGAGGAGCAGAAGCUAGUAAGCAGCAGCCCUAGGGCAGGAGAGUAGGUGGUGGGUGCGUAUGGAGGGAAGUUUGCGGAAGUUGUAAGCAGCCGAAUACACGCUCCCAUGACAGACGGCAUGUGCAUCUCCCAUAAUCUAGUGGAUGUAUGUACCAAGCACAGUGAUUUCUUGUUUUGUCUUUGUGGCAGAUUUAUGCCUAACGUGCAUUAAAGAGUAAUGGGUCCUAAUUGCAGUUACCAUGGUCAUCACAAUUUUGCUCAUUAUCAUCAUUGCAUUGGCAGCCAGAAAAUCUCCACCCUGCCCUUCUUGCACUGCUGCCUGCCCAGGCAACUGGCCUGGAUAUCAAGGGAAGUGUUUUCUCUUCUCAGACACAGAAGAGUCCUGGAACUCUAGUCAGGUCAACUGCUCUUCACAUGGAGCCUCCCUGGCUGUGAUUGACUCCCUAGAUGACUUGAUAUUCAUGCUACGUCAUAAAGGGAGACCUUACUACUGGAUUGGCCUUUGGAAGGAAACAAGCCAGCUCUGGAGAUGGACCAACGGAACUGUAUUCAAUAAUCUGUUUCCAAUCAGAGGAGAGGGGGACUGUGCCUAUGUGAAUGAUGAUGGUGUCAGCAGCUCCAGGUGCUCCUCAAAGAGGAACUUCAUCUGCAGCCAGCCAGAUAAUUGUGCCAGAGGAAAGCCAAGCAGCUUGAUGGAGAACAUAGCAGCAGAUGUGAUGUAAGGGACUGAUGCAGACUGUCUUGAGGACCUGCAGUCUGUGCACUGGUCAUCCUGCCUCUAUGACCCCUGCUGAGGACUUCAAGCCAGUGUCCAUCUGGGAGGUGUGUGACUCCAGUCUAUGUGUUUCUUUAAGUCCUCAGCUAUGGGCAUCAUGUGAUGAUGAUAUAAAACGUCUUUUCCUCUCAGGUUUUAGUUGUGUAGAGUUUGAAACUGGGCAACGUAAAAGACUGAAAAUGGAGAGCCAAAAUAAAAACGAAUCCAGCCAUUACUGGCAAUACUGAAUUAACAAGUUC